GUUCUUUAGAAUAUGGGAGCGCUUAUUUAACUCUUCCGCGGAUCGAAAGUUUCGCAUUUCUGGGAUAUAGCUCUCACUUUCUAGAAAGCGGAGAAUAUUCCUUUAACAAACUAAAAAAUAAAAUGAUUUCUUACCUGAAAACGAUUUUAAUUACCGCUUUCUUUCUCUCAUGUAAUAGCGAGGAAUCAUCGAAUUCUAAAUCCGGACUAUGGAAAACCGCUGAACAAAUGCAGACGGAUAAGAAAGGAGGCGAGAGCGAGAUGUUGGAGGCUUUACUAGAUCGGGAGGAUGAUAGGUGCUAUGGAAAACAGUGCUCUCAUUCAGAAGAAUGCUGUAAAGGUGCUGCUUGCAUCGAUAUAGAAGGAGUGUCGGGAACUUGCUUGCCUCUUCAUGGAAAGGAGUUCUAUCAGCCGUGCCAAAAAGAUGACGAUUGUGGAUUCGGUCUUGUGUGCGCUGACUCUGGGAACUUCUCACCAUCGAAGACUUGCCAGUUGGAUGGUAAAUCUAUACUCAAGAAGAAAGGUUUCAGUGAUGAAUGCCUCACUAGCUCAGAUUGUGACACCGAUAAUGGCCUUUGUUGUCAGGUAAUGCGCCGUCAUCGCAUGGCACCAAAGCGGCUAUGCUACUACUUUCAAGAUCCAGACAGUUGCAUUGGAGAGGUAGUGACAAACCUGAAACCAUUGAACUACAUCCCCAAUCCCUUCUUCAAAGCUCGUCUUGGAUAAAUCCUAUUUUUUAUCACUUGUAUUAUCUUGUCAUUCUCAUAGUUAAGCAAAUCAAAGUUAACCUGUAAUCUUUCUUCCCCCGAAUAGCACACAUACAACUGAAAAAUGCUGUUUUGGUGUCAAAUGAAAAGUGGUAAAAAAAAAGCUCUAAAUUAAUAGUG